UAUCGUGGGCGGUCCUCAAGCAAAUAGGGUUUACAGUGAGCCCCUGGGUCUAACAGUCCCACGCCCCUCAUUUAUCCACUAAACCCCCAAAUCUCAAAAUCCUAAACCUAAUUUCAAUCUCAAUAACCUGCAGUCUGUCUAUUGUGCCACUCCGAAAUUGCACAUGAGAGAACCCCGAUAAUUUUCGAUUACAGCUAUCACAAUGACCAAGGUGUAUGGUACCGGCGCGUACGAUUUCAAGCGCCACCAUGUGGCCGAGUAUCCGGUCGAGGUUCAAACCCACCUUGGCGACAAACCUGUCGAGUCCAAACCCGGUUCUACCCUUCCGAACUCGAUAACACUCUCGGAGAUUCAACGCGACCAGUUGACGAAGAUUGCAGCUGCGAAUUGGCUGCAGACCGGUGGUACGGGGUCCGAGGAGAAGAAGAAUGAUUUCGAUCCUGAGCUUGUGAAGCAGAUAUACGAAACGGAGUUGAAGGUUAAGGACGGAAGGAAGCCCGUGCCUUUGCAGAGAGUGAUGAUUUUGGAGGUCAGCCAGUAUUUAGAGAAUUAUCUGUGGCCGAAUUUUGAUCCAGAAACCGCGACAUUUGAGCAUGUUAUGUCCAUGAUUCUUAUGAUAAAUGAGAAGUUUCGAGAGAAUGUGGCAGCUUGGUUAUGUUUUUAUGAUCGGAAAGAUGUCUUCAAGGAAUUUCUGGAGAGGGUUAUUCGACUGAAGGAGGGGAGAGAGUUGAGUAUAGCAGAGAAGACAAAUUACCUAGUUUUUAUGAUUAAUGCUUUUCAGAGUUUGGAAGAUGAGAUUGUCAGCGAGACAGUCCUGAAAUUAGGAAGUUUACAGUCAUGGUACAGUUUGUCAUAUGGUCGAUUUCAGAUGGAGCUUUGUCUUAAUACGGAUUUGAUCAAGAAAUGGAAAAGGAUGAUUAAGAGGGAGGCUAAGGAGGCAAUGAAGCAAGGAGAGCUUUUUGACCCCUCAACUUCUCUUGAAGUGAAGUUCUUGAGAAAUCUUAUUGAAGAGUUUCUUGAUGUGCUUGACUUCCAAGUUUUUCCCCAUAGUAGCUCUCUUAGUGAAGAUGGACUUGAUAUUGGUUUUGAGGGAGUUGAUGAUGCUGCAGUUUUAUAUUGUGAGAGGUUCAUGGAAUUUCUUAUUGAUCUGUUGAGCCAACUGCCAACAAGGAGGUACCUGAGGCCCCUUGUUGCUGAUGUAGCUGUUGUUGCAAAAUGUCAUUUAAGUGCUCUUUACAGACAUGAAAAGGGAAAGCUAUUUGCACAGCUAGUUGACUUACUGCAAUUCUAUGAGCGGUUUGAGAUCAACGAUCAUGUUGGGACACAAUUGACUGAUGAUGAGGUGCUCCAAUCUCAUUAUGAUCGAUUCCAAGCUUUUCAGCUUCUUGCCUUUAAGAAGAUUCCUAAGUUGCGAGAACUUGCAUUGUCUAAUAUUGGUGCAAUUCACAAGCGAGCUGAUCUCUCCAAGAAGUUGUCUGUGCUCUCUCCAGAAGAGUUAAAGGACUUGGUUUGUUAUAAGCUCAAAUUGGUUUCUGACAGAGACCCUUGGUCUAAAAGAGUUGAUUUUCUUAUUGAAGUCAUGGUCUCCUUCUUUGAGAAACAGCAGUCUCAGAAAGAAGCUAUUAAUGCUCUUCCGCUCUACCCAAAUGAGCAGAUCAUGUGGGAUGAAAGUGUCGUACCAAGCAUUAAUUACUCUGGAGAAGGCUGCCUGGCACUCCCAAAACUUAAUCUGCAAUUCCUAACUCUACAUGAUUACCUUCUAAGAAAUUUCAAUCUCUUCCGGCUCGAGUCUACAUAUGAGAUCCGUGAGGACAUUCAGGAAGCUGUUCCACACCUCCUUGCGUACAUCAAUAAUGAAGGAGAAACUGCAUUUCGUGGUUGGUCAAGAAUGGCUGUGCCAAUAAAAGAAUUUAAGAUUACUGAGGUCAAACAGCCAAAUAUUGGUGAAGUCAAGCCCUCAUCUGUUACAGCUGAAGUUACUUUUAGCAUUUCUAGUUACAAAGCACAAAUAAGAUCAGAGUGGAAUUCCCUGAAGGAGCAUGAUGUUCUAUUUUUGCUUUCAAUUCGUCCUUCAUUUGAGCCUCUUAGUGCUGAGGAAGCUGGGAAGGCUACUGUGCCACAGCGGCUUGGUCUCCAGUAUGUACGGGGAUGUGAAAUUAUUGAGAUUCGUGAUGAGGAGGGAACGCUCAUGAAUGAUUUCACUGGAAGAAUUAAAAGGGAUGAGUGGAAGCCACCAAAAGGUGAACUCAGAACUGUGACUCUUGCUUUAGAUACAGCACAAUACCACAUGGAUGUUACUGAUAUAGCAGAGAAAGGUGCAGAAGAUGUUUAUAAGACAUUUAAUGUAUUGAUGAGGAGGAAACCUAAGGAAAAUAACUUCAAAGCAAUUUUAGAAUCCAUAAGAGAUCUCAUGAAUGAAUAUUGCAUUGUUCCUGACUGGUUGCACAAUGUAUUUCUCGGCUAUGGGAAUCCUUCUGCAGCACAGUGGACCAAUAUGCCUGAUCUUCUUGAAACAGUAGACUUCAAGGAUACUUUCCUUGAUGCAGACCAUUUAAAGGAGAGUUUUCCAGAUUACCAGGUAUGUUUUGUGAAUCCAGACAGUACAGAGAGCUUGAAUCCAAAACCUCCUUUUCGAAUUAGGCUUCCUAGAACAAUGAAAGGCAACACUCAUGCAGUCCCAGGAAAUAAGAAAUUAAGUAUUGAUUCAAUGAAUGAUGCCAACAUGGAGGAUGCCGGAAGUGAGAAAGAAAAACUUAUUGUUGAGGCAUAUAUUCCUCCUGAUCCAGGGCCAUAUCCCCAAGAUCAGCCAAAACAGAAUUCAGUCAGAUUUACACCCACACAGAUUGGAGCGAUCAUAUCUGGUAUCCAGCCGGGACUAACUAUGGUUGUUGGACCACCUGGUACGGGAAAGACUGAUACAGCUGUGCAAAUUUUGAAUGUUCUCUAUCACAAUUGCCCUUCUCAAAGAACAUUAAUAAUCACUCAUUCAAAUCAGGCUCUAAAUGAUCUUUUUGAGAAGAUAAUGCAGAGAGAUGUACCUGCACGCUAUCUUCUUCGACUGGGUCAGGGUGAACAAGAACUAGCAACUGAUCUUGAUUUCAGCAGGCAAGGUCGUGUUAAUGCAAUGCUUGUUCGACGGUUAGAACUACUAAAUGAAGUGGAGAGGCUUGCAAGAUCACUCCAACUUCCUGAGGAUGUUGGUUAUACUUGUGAAACUGCUGGGUACUUUUGGUUGCUUCAUGUAUACUCCCGUUGGGAACAAUUCCUUGCUGCUUGUGAGGAUAACAAAGAUAAACCGACAUUUGUUCAGGAUCGUUUUCCCUUUAAGGAAUUCUUUUCCAACAUGCCUCAGCCAGUUCUUACAGGUCAGUCAUUUGAGAAAGACAUGCGGGCAGCUAUGGGGUGCUUUCGACAUCUCAAGACUAUGUUCCAAGAACUAGAAGAAUGUAGGGCCUUUGAACUGCUUAAAUCAACAGCUGAUCGAGCAAAUUAUCUUAUGACCAAGCAAGCCAAGAUAGUGGCAAUGACGUGCACCCAUGCAGCACUGAAAAGGAAGGACUUUCUUCAGUUAGGUUUCAAGUAUGACAACUUGUUGAUGGAAGAAAGUGCUCAAAUUUUGGAGAUUGAAACCUUUAUCCCAAUGUUGCUGCAGAGGCAGGAGGAUGGCUAUGCACGGCUAAAGCGCUGCAUACUGAUUGGAGAUCAUCAUCAGUUACCCCCAGUUGUAAAGAAUAUGGCUUUUCAAAAAUAUAGCCAUAUGGACCAGAGUUUAUUUACCAGGUUUGUACGUCUGGGUAUUCCUUACAUUGAACUCAAUGCCCAGGGUAGAGCCAGGCCAAGCAUAGCCAAACUUUAUAAUUGGAGGUACCGGGAUUUGGGGGACCUUCCUUAUGUGAAAGAGGGGGCCAUCUUCCAUAAAGCUAAUGCUGGAUUCUCCUAUGAAUAUCAGUUGGUGGAUGUGCCUGAUUACCAUGGCAGAGGUGAGACUGCGCCUUCUCCUUGGUUCUACCAGAACGAGGGAGAGGCUGAAUAUGUUGUCAGCGUCUAUGUCUACAUGCGUUUAUUAGGAUAUCCUGCGAACAAGAUUUCAAUAUUGACUACUUACAAUGGCCAGAAGCUUCUUAUUCGUGAUGUUAUUAAUAGACGAUGUGUUCCAUAUGACUUCAUUGGACCACCUAGUAAGGUUACAACAGUUGAUAAGUUUCAAGGGCAGCAGAAUGAUUUUAUUUUGCUUUCUCUUGUACGUACUCGCUUUGUGGGUCACCUUCGUGAUGUUAGAAGAUUGGUUGUUGCCAUGUCUCGUGCUCGACUUGGACUUUAUGUUUUCUGCCGACGUUCUCUAUUUGAACAAUGCUACGAAUUGCAACCUACAUUUCAACUUUUGCUUCAGAGACCAGACCACCUUGCACUGAAUUUGAAUGAGAAUUUGUCACACACAGAACGUCCUGUUGAAGAUGUUGGACAACCCUAUCUUGUCUCUGGCGUUGAGGAAAUGGGCCACAUCGUAAUUGAUAAAAUCAAUCAAUUGUAUCAGGCAAGGAUGAUGAACUAUCAGUUUGAGCAGUAUUAUUCAUCUAAUACGUCUGCACCUGCAAAUGGUGCCUGGGAUAAUACGCAGCAUGAAAGCAAGUCAGAGGAAGUUGAAGAGAUGGAAGGCAUUGAAAGUGGUCAAAAUGAGGAUUUGCCUCUUCAGGGCAAACCAGAUGGGGAAAGGGAUGCAGAAAUGGGUAGAAAUGAUGAAAAUGGUGUACCAUCUGAAAGCACAAAUGAGGAAACAGACAAAGUUUAGUAUCUUAUGGCCUGAGAUGAAUUGCUAUUCUCACAGUUGCAGCCGUUGGUAUAUUGGUUGGUCAAUCUAUCCCAGCUGGUGAACAUUGUUCGACUUCCUCAAGUCGUUUUACACGACUUGGGGUGAACUGAGGCGAGGUACUAGCUUUGCUGCAGCAUCACAUGGUAAAUGCAGAUUUCAUCAAGUCUAAUUGUGAAGUGCGGUAAUCUUGGAGAAGUAAAAGGCGUUGUAUCUAAGCAGGAAACCUGGAAGCCAAUGGGCUUACCAUUCACCAAACCUGUAAUGUUACACCAAUACUAAAUAGAAUAGGGAAACCUUUGAAAGAGAGCUGGCAGAAGUUAGUGGAAACUUGUAGAAUAGUUGUCCUGAAAAAUAGAUUCCCAUUUAUAUGUGCCUUGUAGGAAAACUGGUUUUUCUUUUAAUUUUUUUUUAAAGAAUUGAAUUAAGAUCUGAAAAGCUAUUUUAAUUUACUUUUCAUUAUUUUCCUUC